AUGUUCAGUUUCGCCAGACUGGCGGACUGUAAGGAGGUCCAUGCUCGUUUUCUCAAAACAGUCUACGGGGAGGAGGCGGAGGUAGCAAAAGUCAGCCAGUCGGAACAGCCGGCCCCUCCACCGCCGCCGCCGGUGGAUUUCAGUUUCCGAGCCUUGGUGAUGAAAUCUCCGAAUCGUGCUGGCCACCGGCAAAAACUCACUCUUGUGAAGACGGUACAUGCUCCCAGAAGCCUGCUACCUAGCGAACGACAGUUAGGGGUUGCGAGUGCUGCCAAAACAUCAACAAAUGUUACGCCCACCUGCUCUGGCUCUGACUUUGAACUCCUCUUUCGGAUUAUGCGUCCCUUCACGGCAAGAAAGAAGGCUGCGGCGAACUCUGUCGCAGGUCAUUUGCCCUAUGUCAACCCCAGGCCUUAUGAUCAUCGUGGCGUAAGUAUCACCAAUGCUGCAUUUAUUCAGACGCGGGCGUACGUUUACUUUUCACCUCGGCAUACAGCUUACUUAUUAGUUUCCGAAGUUGGCGGAGCCUAGAAAAGCGUGGCAUGCCUAUUUUCUUCCAUUCAGAUCCAAAAUUAACCCUGACGCCACUCUUUUGUCGCACUCAUCGGCAAUUGAAGGCACAAGCGGCUACACUCUGCUUCCUCCACACCGCCCAAUCUCAUGCGGGGUCGAUGGCGCAGCACCACACCGCGAAGCUAGUUGA